CCGUCAUUCCCUCGGACUGCUGUGGAAGAACGGUUUCCUCUUUAUCCGAAUGCAUGUCUCCCCAUUUCCUGUCCUGCUGCGCAUCGUUCUGGUAGAUUGCCUCUUCUAAAGCCUUUCCAGUUUUACCAAAAUACUGAAUUUCACCUGACAGAGCAAAAGGACAUUUUGAUGCUUAACAUAAAUUAAGGAAACCUGGAUCCGUUUUAUCUACAGACAGAAGAAAUGUGGCUAACCAGAAGUUAAGCGUUGUGUUGGAAGGCAUCCCUGGACCAUAACUGAUGAAAAGCUUUUAAAAUCAUCUCAACCUCUGUCUUAAUUAAAAUUUCAAAACACAAUGAGCACAGCUCCCAGGAAACGCAGGAUGAUGCCUUCUCAGCAGUCCCGAAGAGUACGCCGCCGUCACAGAUUGGCAGAACCAGAUGAGCCACAAGCUGACAUCAUCGAGACUGGUGGUGAGGUAGUUGACCUAACCUGUGAAUCCUCUGAACCUGUGGUUGUUGAUCUCACCAACAAUGAUUCUGUUGAGAUUGUAGAUGAAGAUCUGUCUUCUCCAGUCAAUCAGCCAAGCUCAGCUGAAGAGCAGGCAGACAGGAUGCAGUCAGACAGUUGUAUUCUCUGCAGUGAUGAGGAAGAUGGCAGGCCAGAUGGGAGCAGCAGCCUCUCGAUAACAAGUGCAGCCAGUGUAACUCAGGGAACUUCUCUUCAUCCUGCCUUGAGAUCUGAUAGGUUCGUUCACCGCAGGUCUUCCUCAGGGACUAUUAGCUGUCCCAUUUGUAUGGACGGUUACAAAGAGGACAGUGGUCCCCAACCAUCGGGCUGCAAAACAUGUGCUACCGGGCCGCGAGGAAACGAUAGGAUUUGGCGAUAUGAAGCGAUAUGGGUCAGCUACACCUCUCCUCAUUCCCUGUCACGCCCACUGUUGAGCUUGAACGCACACAAGGUCAUUACGCACGCGAGGUCAUUACCCACGCGGUCAUCAGUCAGUAUGAGUAAAGAACAAAUGUCGCUUGAGAGUUUCUUUGGAAGAGGACAUAAAAGGCCUAACGAUGAUGAUAACACAGAGACAGCUGAGGUAGAGACUGCAAAAAAAAAGAAAGCUUCCUUCAACAGACAAUACAAUGAGUCGUACAUAAAAUAUGGCUUUAUUGCGUCCGGUGACUCUCAUGCUCCAAGCCCCCUGUGUGUGAUAUGUGGAAACAAGCUGUCUAAUGAGGCAAUGAAGCCCUCAAAACUGCUUCGGCACCUUGAGACCAAGCACCCUUCACUUAAAGACAAACCCGUUGAGUUUUUUGAGCGGAAAAGACAUGAGCAAGUGGGACAGAAGCAAGUCCUGAGAACCACCACCUCCACAAAUGCUGCUGCUCUGAGAGCGUCGUACAUAGUGGCUGGCCUUAUUGCUAAGGCUAAUAAGCCUUUCACUGUUGGUGAGGAAUUGAUUCUGCCUGCUGCCAAGGACAUGUGCCGUGAACUGUUGGGAGAAGCUGCAUUUAACAAGAUGGCACAGGUUUCUCUUUCAGCUACCACAGUUUCAAGGAGAAUCGAUGACAUAGCGGAGGACAUCGAAGCACAGUUGUUUGAACGGCUUAACGAGUCACCAUGGUAUGCUAUCCAAGUCGAUGAGUCUACCGAUGUCGACAACAAGGCAAUACUGCUGGUUUAUGUGCGAUAUAUAUUUCAAGACGAUGUGCAGGAGGAUAUGUUGUGUGCACUGCCGCUGACAACUAACACAACUGGGGCAGAACUAUUCAAGUCUUUGAAUGACUACAUGUCAGGCAAACUGGACUGGUCAUUCUGUGUUGGAAUAUGCACAGACGGGGCUGCAGCUAUGACUGGACGGCUGUCUGGUUUCACUACCCGAGUCAAAGAGGUUGCUCCUGAAAGCCAGUCUACACACUGUGUCAUACACAGGGAAAUGCUGGCUAGCCGAAAAAUGUCACCUGAUCUUAACAGCGUAUUGAGUGAUGUUGUUGAUGUUAUCAAUCACAUCAAAGCAAAAGCCCUUAACUCACGUCUAUUUGAGCAGCUUUGCGAGGAAAUGGAUGCAGAGCACAAACGCGUUCUCUUACACACUGAAGUCAGGUGGCUAUCAAGGGGGAGAACCCUGGCCAGGGUUUUUGAGUUAAGAGAGCAGCUACAGAGAUUUCUUUCAGGAAAAAAGUCACCACUGGCAGCACACUUCAGUGAUGAGGAGUGGAUAGCAAAACUUGCUUAUCUGUGUGACAUCUUCAACCUGCUCAAUGAACUCAAUUUGUCACUUCAGGGGAGAAUGACAACUGUCUUCAAGUUGGCAGAUAAAGUGUCUGCUUUCAAAGCCAAACUGGAACUGUGGGGACGGCGAGUGGACAGGGGCAUAUUUGACAUGUUCCCAACAUUAGCUGGGGUUUUGGGAGAGACUGAGGCUGCACCGUCUUUCUCACAGCUGGUGCGCGAUCACCUAACUUCGCUGUCGACAGAAUUCGAGCGUUACUUCCCAACCGCAAAGGACCCAAGACGUGCAAAGGAAUGGGUCCGUGACCCAUUUGUGAAUGUUCCCGGUGAAUCAUCCAUGUCAGCGCGGGAAGAAGAUCAACUCCUCGAGCUUGCAAAUGACGAUGGGCUGAAAAGUAUGUUUGAUAUAACAUCUCUGCCGGCAUUCUGGAUCAAAGUCAAGGCUGAAUACCCUGAGAUAGCCACGAAAGCACUGAAAACGUUGCUUCCAUUUUCAACAUCAUAUCUCUGUGAAGCAGGAUUUUCUGCAGUAAAUGCAACGAAAACUAAAUUGCGGAAUAGACUGGACAUAAGGAACCCCUUUCGAAUAUCGCUGUCUCCCAUCACCCCUCGAUGGGACCGUCUUGUUGCAGGGAAACAAGCCCAGGGCUCCCACUGAUUCAGGAAUAUUGGUGUGUUGCAAUGACUUUAUAUGUUCAUACGGGGAAAAUAUGCGCUGUGUUUAAUAUCCAAACGUUACUUAAAAUGUUAUGAUGCUAUUGACUUAAAAGUGACUUAUAAUUGACUUAUCACUAUAUUCAUGGGAGGAAAAUAUGUGCUGUGUGUUUAAUAUUAAAUUCGUUAGAUAAACCCUUUUAAAAACGAAAUUGAGUGUAUUAUUAGCCACUUACAAGUGACUUAUAGUUUCACCUAUAUUCUGGUCAUGAUUAACACCCCCCAGUCGGCCGGUCUGCAAGAAUAUUGUCAAUAUUAAACCGGUCUGCGGUGCAAAAAAGGUUGGGGAUCCCUGUCUUAGGAUGUGAAAUUUCGAAGUAGUAGUACAGUGGAAAGACAAAAUUACAAAAGUGCGCCACAGUAACAUUGUGGUUAUUGUGAUGCUGUUACAGCUUUGUGCGAUGGAGUUUGGAUUUCAAUUCUGGCGACCUCUGUAAGAAGUUUGUGCAUCCUUCCCAUGACCGAGCGGGUUUCUUCCAGGUGCUCCGGUUUCCUUCCACAGACCAAAGAUGUAGUGGGUUGAUUGGUCAUAGUAAAUUCUCCUGUGAUUAGGCUGGUGUUAAAUAGGUGGGUUGCUGGGAGGUGCAGCUCAUUGAGCCAGAAGGUCCUGUUCUGCGUUGUAUCUCUAAAUAAUAAAUAAUUUUCAAAAUAAGUAAGGUCUCUGAGCCAAACGCAGGCAGAUAGGUCUGGCUUGCUGGACAGCAUGGAUGAGAUGGACUGAAGGGCAUGUUUCUGUACAGUGUGACUCUGAAACUCCAUAGUUUAAAAAAUGCUACAAUAAAUUAUUACCUCCAAAAGAUAGGAUGCUGAUAUAAAAUACUAAUUUAGAGAUGUUCUCUUUUACAUUUAAACUCCAGAAGAAUUUAAGUAUUUGGACAAAGAUUCAAAUUGAUCAAUAUCUGACUGAAUCGAAUGAAGAGUCUGACUUUCCCUUUGUAGUCUUUGAAAAGCACUUUGUAUUAUUACCGCUGUUAUAAUUUCAUUUCUCGG